AUGAAGUCCAAUAUAUUUAUGAUAGGUGGACAAUGUUCCUUAGAUAAGUCUAAUACUUCUUUGGCAAAAUCUUUACUUAAAAUGGACUUUUCAACGUUGGUCGUUAACGAAAAUAAUUCGACAAUUGUGCCCGUGACUGGUCACGGAGCUGUUCCAAUAAAUGACUCCAAAAUUUUGAUAUUGUUCGGAAAGGAAUCAAUAGCGCCUCCCAAGUUAACGAAUAUUGUACAACAAAUGGACGUUCAAACGGGUGUAGUGAAUACCUUAGAUAUCAAAGGAACGGCUCCUUCGGCUCGGUAUGCACACACAGUUACUUUAAUUGAUGAUAAAGUCUAUAUAAUAGGUGGUAUAAAUAAAGAUAAUGAUGUCUUGGGAGAAAUUAAUUUUAUAGACCUAAUAUCCAAGAAUUGGAAUAUUCUUACUUUAAAAAAUUCAUUAAUUCCAAUUGCUGGUCACUCGACAGUAGUUGUUGAUAAAAAAUAUCUUAUAUCAUGUUUUGGGUUUAAUAACAAACAUGAACUUCGAAAUGAUUGUAAUGUUUUUGAUACCAUCAACAAAGUUUAUAUUCAACCAAAUAUUUCUGGUAUUCCUCCUUCACCACGUUCUUAUUCAUCCAUGAUUACUAAAGAAGAUGAUGAUAAAAUAAUUUAUAUAUUUGGUGGAUUUGAUAAAGAUUAUAAGGGGAAUAAUGAACUUUAUAUUUUAAAUGUAACGAAUAUACGAAAAUUCACUUGGUCAAAUAUAUUAUUUACUGAGGAACAUUCAAAUUUGAUUCCAUCACCACGAGGUGCUCAUACGGCGAUUAUAAAUUCCGAAAUGAUGUAUAUUUGGGGUGGAUAUUCGGAUACAGAUUUGUCUGAUAAUGAUAAAGAAAUUCAGAGUGAUCCUUAUAAUCAUUCUGGAAGUAAAUUUAAUGGUAAUCUUGAAAUUACUUCAAAUGAUGAAAGUAAAGUUAUGAAAUCAAUAGAUUUAUCAAUACUUGAACAAAUAACCGUGGAAUCAAUAUCGCCUUCACAAUUACCACUUGAUGAGAAAGUUAAUUAUAAUGAGAAAGAAUCACCUAAAUCGUCAGAAGUUCAUCCUAAUUAUCCCAAAGAUUUAAAUAGUUUUAGAUUUUCUUCAGAUAAAAACAAAUUAAAUAAUAAUUCAUCUAAACGUACAUCAACCGAUUCACAACGAAUUAAACGAUCUCAUAGACGUACAUCAUCAGUUUCAUUAACUCCUGCCGAUGUGGUGGAUCUUACUAGACCUCGUUCAUUUGUACAUCACAAGUCGUCCUUAUCUACCAGUGUUAUUAAUAAUAGUACUUUUAAUCAUUCUAAACCAUUAGAUACACUUUCAGCAUUACGAUUUGAAAAAAAUAAUCUUCGUGAUUCAAAAGCUACAUCACGAUCUGCUCGAUCUGUAAAUUCAUUACAAUGGGUUGGAUUUAAUACCACUAUGAUGGCUGAACAAGAAGAAAAAAGACUUUCGUUACAUGUACGAAAUGCUUUCAGUACUAUUCAUUCUUCAAGUGUAUCAAGUGUAUCGGAAGACUCUCGAACAUCAUCAGAGUCAGAAGGUGAUGAAUUUGUUAUUUGUGGUGAUUAUAUUAAUACUACACCUAAAUUUCAAAAUAAUAAUAAUAUUGGUCAAGGUAAUUCUAUAGAUAAUGGUCUACAAAAAAGAAGUAUCUCACAAAAUCAAUCUAAAAUAAAAAAUAAUAGAAAUAUAAUUUCUAACAUUGUCGAAGAAGAAAAUAAUUCUGAAGAAUGUAAUACGAGAGAAAUAUCAUUUGCACUCACUGAUGAAAAAAUUGAAUAUUAUGAAACCGAAUCAUCAGAAAGUGUAUCUCUUGCUCGUAUUUCGGGAAGAACAUCAAGUAGUUCAACCAAUGGUAAUGAAGAGGUAUUAAAAAUUGACAUACCAGAAACUGUUUCACCGAACAAAAAUAGUCCGAUUCGUAAUAGUAUCAAAGACUUUAUGAUGGAACAGGGAAUUCAUGAGUUUUACAAUAUAUAA